AUAUGAAACAAGCAAUGGAGCUGAUCAUUGCUUACCGAAAUGUCACGUGUAUAUGUUACAGACACGGAAAUAAAAAUUUGCGAAGCCCUUGAUUUCGGUAAAUAUUGCUUUGGCUUGAUCAUUAGUCAAACAAAGCCUUCACGUGGGAAAUGGAAACGAUGGCGACUCUUUGGCCAAGAAAACGAGGCCACUGCCGUGUUUUUCCCACCCAAAGACUAAUCAAACCUUACUCUUUUCUUUUCCCCGCAUCUAAUUCCUUAAUUUGAUCUACUAUCAAUCAUAUGUUGAAGAAAAAACGAUGGCAAACUGUCCCGCCGUUCAUGGUGGCUACCCCUCCGAUUAUGUUGCUGUUUCCAUAGCCAUCUUCGCCGUGAUUCUACUUAUUGUGAGGUCAAGUUUCCCGUUUUUGAUACACAAAGUUCCAAGUGCAAGAGGGAGUGCCUUUUGGAUUCCAGUCAUUCAAGUUGUUGCCAGCUUCGACUUCCUGUUAUCGCUUGUGAUGGCUGGGAAUUUCCUCAAGUACAAAAAGAGCCAUUGGUGGUUGUCUUGCUAUGUUUGGGCAGUAUGGGUUGAAGGUCCACUUGGAUUUGGUUUGUUGAUGAGCUGCCGCAUAGCACAGGCCUUUCAACUGUACUAUGCAUUUGUCAAGAGGCGUUUACCACCAGUCAGAUCUCAUAUUUUUCUUCCACUAAUUGUCUUGCCAUGGAUCGCCGGUGCUGCAAUUAUUCAUGUGAAGAAGCCUCUCAAUUGCAGAUGUCACCUGCAAGCUUACUGGGUAAUAGCUGUAAUGUGUCUCCACGCGUUGUAUGUAGCUGUUUUGGUUGGGUUCACUGGGGCAAUUCGGCAUAUAGAGUUCAGGUUUGAUGAACUCAAAGACCUGUGGCAAGGAAUACUUGUCUCAGCCUCACUAAUUGGACUUUGGGUUUCAGCUUACAUCUUGAAUGAAAUUCAUGAUAAUAUCUCAUGGCUUCAAGUCACCUCCCGAUUUAUCCUUUUAUUUACGGCAAGCAUUCUUGUACUGGUUUUCUUUUCCAUAUCAAUUUCUCAGCCUCUGCUCACACAAAUCAGCUUCAUAAAAAGGGAAUCUAUAGAAUUCAAAACAAUGUGUCAAGCUCUGGGGAUACCAGAUAGCGGACUGCUAUUGCAUGGAGAACAAGCUGUUGUCAUCGAUCCUAAUGAACCAUUGGAUAAGCUUCUUACUCACAAAAUGUUCCGUCAGUCUUUUAUGGCAUUUGCAGACAGUUGUUUGGCUGGGGAAAGCGUGCAUUUCUUUGAAGAGGUGCAUGAGCUUGGCAAAAUUCCGAUGGAUGACCCUGUAAGCAGGAUCUACAUGGCAAGACAUAUUAUUAAUAAAUACAUAAUUGCAGGUGCAGCAAUGGAAGUUAACAUAUCUCAUAGAAGCCGGCAAGCGAUUUUAUCCACCACUGAUCUAACACAUCCUGAUCUCUUUACCGAUGCACUAAAUGAACUUAUACAGUUGAUGAAAAUGAACUUGGCAAAAGAUUACUGGUCAUCCAUGUACUUCCUCAAACUCAAAGAUGAAACCAGCGUGAGAUCUAAUGGCUAUGAAAUGGAACAGAUGAGUGGAGCAUAUAGUUUCUCAGCCAGGUUGAGUUGUGUUAAUGCUAUUGAUGAUCCCUUUCACCAGGACCAUUUUUCAAGUGGCUCAAGCCAAGAUGUUCAUCAUCCCUACCCAUAAUGAAAGUAAGCUUUGUAAAUUAUAAUUCUAUUUGAAUGUAAAUUCACUCCACAAAUGAGUUGAAUAUUUCAUGUAUGUUUUUCCCUUUACUUUUUUUCGUUUAUUCAUUCCACUCAAUAUAACAUAAAUGUUAAAAUCUUUACAAUAAA